AUGCCCGAUUCUCAAGGUCCACUCCAUGCCUCAUACGUAGAUCCCUCUUCACGUCUAUCCAUCAACUCGUCAGUCCUCUCCAGCUCCCGUCUCUCCUGCUCCCGGUGGUUGGGGAGGGUGCUCACAACGGGUCCGCCGCCGCUUCUCGGACCGUCUCCAUCAUCCCCUCCCCCGCCUCUCUACUCUCUCCUGUCCGCCUUCUCAUCUCACCGCUACCGUCAGAUGGGGCACUGCAUGCUCUCCUCCUGUGCUCCCUUUCCGGGGGGGACGUCAGCCUUGGACAUCACGUUCCCCAACCUUCCUUGCUCGCUUUCGGGCCCUCCCGACUUCACCCCCUCCCGUUCUCCACCUGCGACUCUAUCUCGCGCCACUGACUCUCUCGGCCGCAUCACCAGGUCCCGCUCUAAUACCUCUUCUCAAUCGGCUCACAUCGUCCCCCUCCUCUCGGUCCCCUCCCUGCGGCCGCUCCCUUCAGUAGCAAUAUCAUGGCGCGCACUCUCCUCCCGCUCGUGCGACGAGCUGGCUGCCCUUCAGUCGUUGUCGGGGAGUGCCGCACUCCACCCCUGCUCGGUCCCUCUUCCCGCAUCACUCGGUUACUCUGUCGUCAGUGAAGUAGUCUCCCCAUCACUUCACUUCGAUCCGUCCUCCAUCUACUCCGAUCUCCGACACUUCGGUCGCGUCGCUUGCCACUUCUCCUCGGUGAUCUCUCUUCCAGGGUCCUCCUGUUCCCUGUCUCCUCUCCCCUACUCUUCUCGCUCCCUCCCAGCGGUCGACCUGUUCUCGUCUCACUGCAGUGUCAAGUACCUCUCGGAUCUACGGUAG